CCUCAAACACUACAAGACUUUUCAUUGCUUGGCGUUCAAGUCUGAGGUCAAGAUCAUCUCGGGCAGUGAGAGGGCUGCAAGCUUUUUGGGCGAGAGAGAGUCGGUAAAAUUUGAAGAGUGAUAACAAGCUGCUCAGAUAAGGAGGACCCAGCUCAUAAGACAAUGGCCAUGGAAAUUCCAAGCACUGCAGACUUGUCAGGCUUUAGUGUAUGAUAGUAGAUUUCCAUCCCUAUCAAUAAAAAAUAAAGCAAAUUCAAAGCAAAAUGGAGCAUAGACCUAUCCCUGCCAUCACAGUCAAGUCCCUACAAGGACUUGCUGUGUACAAGCUGGCUAGGAUGCUGCUGACAAGUGCCAUUCCGCCUAGCCUGGAGAAGUACGUCCCCUUCCUCAGCCGGUAUGACCAUGUGGAUGUCAAGGAGACUGAUGCCUCCCUGAUGCCCAUAGGCUGUGGGACAGUCUUCCAGCGCAAGAGGCUGGAGGGAAGGAGUGACACUCCCGUCCAGUGGAACACCCUCGACGACAUCAUUCUAGCCGAGGCUGGACAGUGCCAUGACCAUCUCCUGCCAGCUAAGGAAAUUCUCAUUGAGCAUCUAGUGAAGGUGAAGCAAUGGUGGGAUAAUGAAGAAUGGUUGGGCAUGCAAGACAAUAAGACCAGGAGGAUGAUACGGGAUGUUUGUUCAGACAUGCUGGAACUCUUCAACUCCAGCUGCACGUGUCCUAUUUUCCAGCUGACCCUGGAGCUGGUAUUCUCAAAGAAAGCCGGGACAGGACAGAUGCUAAAGUCAGUUUCAAGUGAAAGGUGUGCAACACUAUGCAAGUUUUUCCAAAAGCUUCAGCCAUUUGGGAUUGAAAAGUUGAUAACAACCCAUCUAAUGUUGGAUUGCCCAUCAGUGAUUGUUAGCAUCUGUGAGAACUCACCUCUAAUGAAGUACCUCCACUUGAAUAUAGAGUAUGCAAAAGGAGACAUCCUCAGGAAGAUUGGCCUAAUCACACCCUCGCUUGAGACCGUCAUUGUGGUUGUCAAAGAGUAUGAGCUGAAUGAAAAGGUCUUACCCACUCUAGAAAUGAUUAUUAUUGGUGGUGAAGGCCUGGAAGACAACCUCUAUUCAGGCUUCUUUAAUGGUCUAACAAAAACUGAAGUUGUGCAGAAGAUCCAGGAAGGAGGCUCAUGUGAAUUGUCUUUCCCCAACCUGAAAUACAUUGAUGUAGGAAGCCACAGGGAUGUUAGGGAGUUUCUUCUCCAUUUGUUGUACUUCUACCCUAAUAUCAGGAGUGUGACAUGUGAUUCAGAGAACUGGAUCCUGAGUAAAUACUCCCUGGAUUUCCCAGUGAUGACUCAGGCUACCCUGGACUACAAGCCAGUGUCUCUCUGGGGCAAGACAAUGGUUUACCAGCUAAAGGAUAUGAGCUUUUCAUCAUUUUGCUUGGCAGCUGUCAAGGUUCAGGAUAUUGUUUCACGGUAUCAGAGCCUGGAGCAUAUCAGCCUGCACCUGAUUAAAGGCUCAAGGAAAAUUGAGUUCACAAAUGAAACUGCAAAGGAAUUGAUUUGUGGGAUCAACUGCAGAUGUGUGACAAUCUGUGUGGAAGUGUACAUGGACAGAGCUGACCUGCUGAGUCUAUACACACCUACACUAAAUGCCAUGGGACCAUCUCUUCGGAUCUUGCAGCUGCAUUUGACCAAUGAAGUGAAUGUAGGUGCUCUGUGCCAAAUGAUAAACAUGUGCCCUCACCUAGAGGAGCUGGCACUCAUGACCUCAUGUGAGAGAUGUGAAGUAGAAGGGGAAAAUUUCACAGAGAUUCGAUGUUGCAAGUUAGGGGAUCUCAAGUGCUUAAGUUUUUCUAGUCGGUAUAAUGUUACAAAUGCCAUGUAUUCUUUAAUGGAGAGGACUAUUUUUGCUGCACCUAAUCUGACCUCACUGGAACUUGAACUUGGAGGAAAUAGAGUUAGUGGAUGGCUCAUGAACAUAGCUUCAGCUGGAGCACUCGCUAACUUGAAGCUGCUGCGCAUAAAUUUUCCAAAGAUUUAUUUUGAUUACCAAGUUCUCUCUAGCUUUCUCUUUUCACUAAUUAGCACAUUACCACGGCUCUCAUGCCUUAUGCUUGGAAGCGUUUGUGAUUGUGUUGUAAGGCGAAUUCGGAAAAAGUAUGAAUAUUCACAGUUAAGGAUCAUUGGAAGAGAAUCACCAUAUAUUGCAUUCCGAUGCCUUACGUCAAGAUAUUGUUGACUACCCUCAAAAGGCCAUACAAAAUCACAAUUUUCUUAUGGGAAAAGUCACUAAGUUAUAAUAAUGGAAAGGUGAUAAGCAGCUUGCAUGUUAUGUGAUGGUCAGACCUAGUCCAUUGUACCUGAGAUAAAUCAAAUGAGAUAUUUAUUUUCUGAUUGGUUUAUCAUUUGCUUUUGUUAGCUCAUUAUAUUUUGUUAGAUUAAAGCAAUUUUCUUUUUGCUGUUUUUUAUAAUGAGUGUGCAGCAACUGUGUUUAUAAUAGUAGGUUUAUAUAUAUGACAGAAAAAUAGUAUGAUUUGAAAAGGAAUUCUUUACCAAUAUGUGUGAUUCUGAAUUUUGACAGGAUCUUUUAAAGGUAUAUAUGCAAAAUAUACAGUGUGUGUGUGUGUGUGUGUGUGUGUGUGUGUGUGUGUGUGUGUGUGUGUGUGUGUGUGUGUGUGUGUGUGAUUUGAUGUCUGUCUCUUUUGGUUUUAAAGUACAGAAAGUGUAGGAAUUAGUUACCUUUGUGAUCCCCCUUAUAUGAAUGUAAGAGGGAGAGAGUGUGUGCAUGUGUGCACAUGCCCGAACACACACACACACACACACACACACACACACACACACACACACACACACACACACACACACACACACACACACACACACA